UCUCUCUCUCUUUCUCUCUCUCUCCAAAAGAUAGAAACCCUCUUAAACACUCUUACUGGUCAUGGCUUCAAUCACUUCUAUUUCUCAAUACCAACCCCUUCUCAAGAAACCACGGUUCAGUCCACCUAAAAGGCUUCAAACCCAUUUUUUCUCCAUACCCAUUUCGCCAAACCCUCGUGUGGAUUCAGGGUUUUCUGUGAAAACUAAGUCUUGUUCUAUGACUAAUAAGAAGAUGGUGGUGGUUUCGGCUACAACGGCGGCUGAGAAGCCGAAGAAAAGGUAUCCUGGGGAGGCUAAGGGGUUUGUGGAGGAGAUGAGGUUUGUGGCAAUGAAAUUGCAUACUAGGGAUCAAGCUAAGGAGGGUGAGAAGGAGCCACAAGGACAGCCAGUGGCAAAAUGGAAGCCAUCAAUUGAUGGGUAUUUGAGGUUCUUGGUGGAUAGUAAGUUGGUGUAUGAUACCCUUGAGAGGAUUGUGGAAAAACCAGCUUUUCCUGAAUAUGCCGAGUUCAGGGACACAGGAUUGGAAAGAUCAGAAAGUCUGGCCAAGGAUCUUGAAUGGUUUAAAGAGCAAGGUCAUGCCAUUCCAGAACCAUCUUCUCCUGGUGUUAGCUAUGCUCGCUACCUUGAGGAGUUAUCAGAAAAGGAUCCUCAAGCAUUCCUGUGCCAUUUUUACAAUAUAUACUUUGCCCAUACAGCUGGUGGUCGAAUGAUAGGGAGAAAGGUAGCUGAAAUGAUACUCGACAAGAAGGAGAUGGAAUUCUACAAAUGGGACGGUGACCUGUCUCAGUUAUUGCAGAAUGUUAGAGAAAAGUUGAAUAGAGUUGCUGAAACCUGGACGAGAGAGGAGAAGAACCAUUGUUUGGAAGAAACAGAGAAAUCAUUCAAGUUCUCAGGGGAUGUCCUCCGUCUGAUAUUGUCAUAAUGCACAAGUUUCUGCUGUUGUCUUUGUGAAGUCAUGUUUCCGUCGUUAGUUUGACCAACUUGAGCUUCUUAACUUUGUCAAAAUUUUGCGUUGUGUGCUGACUAGGAUAUUACUAUGUUCUGCGACAUGAUGAUCCUUUGUAUUUAUUUGAUU